AUGCAUACCUACCAUGGAAGGACUGCACUACUUGUCGGUGCUGCACAAAGAUGCUCAUGUCUAUGGUUCACCGUUCCAAUACACAGUUGGUACGUUUGCCGAAGGAGGAGCGCACAAGGUUCGAGCGUCCGGCGAAGGUGUUAUUCGUGGUGAGACCAAUUUUCCACAGUCGUUCAACAUCAACACUCGAGAAGCUGGAGCAGGCAAUCUAACAGUGUCAAUGGAGGGUCCGGGCAAGGCUGAAAUGGCUUUCCAUGAGCAUAAGGAUGGUAACUGUCACUUAGAGUACAAGGUGACUCAGCCAGGAGAGUAUAUUGUGUUUAUCGCACCUGCUACUGGUGAAGCUCGCAAAUUGGAAUUGGCUCAGUUUCAUGGUCAAGGAAUACCGGCUGGAAAAGCCUUCACUUUUACCGUACUGACACAUCGUGCUCGAGGACAACUAGAAGCUAAGGUGGUUACUCCCAGAAAUGAGAUUGAAACUAUUGACAUUGUUCCAAUCGAAGAUGGCGAGAGCUAUGCUUUGCGGUUUAUCCCAAAAGAGAGUGGAAACCACUACAUACACGUAACUCUGGAUGGCGCACCGAUGAGGGAUUCGCCAUUCCGCCUGAGGGUUGGUGGCCGUGAUGAAUGCGAUCCAACUGCAAUCAGCGUAGUUGGAGAUGGUAUCAAGAGGGGUGUUACCGGACAGAAAUGUGAAUUUAUUGUACGCACUGCCAACGCUGGGGCUGGGAUUCUCAAUGUUCAACUGGACGGCCCGAGCAAAGCGACUCUGGAUGCAUAUGAACUUGAACUUGGUUACAAAGUACGCUAUACUCCACUAGCUCCUGGAGACUACUACGCUGCCAUCAAAUAUAAUGGUAUUCACAUUCCUGGGUCCCCAUUCAAGAUUCCUGUGGAAGGAAAAGUGUUAGGAGGAAAUGGCUACAAUGAAACGUCUCUUGUUAAAAUUGAUGCCGUGGCCAAAACAUCAAAAGGAACCGUCGCUACUGUUCCCGAAUAUAAAGGAGAUGCUAACAAGGUGGAAGCCAAAGGUGCAGGGCUGAACAAAUUCUUUCCUGGAAGACCAGCCAUGUUCACGAUCGACACUGGUGCAGCUGGACCGAAUAUUCUAAUGGUCGGUGUGGUUACAACCAAAGGACCAUGUGACGAAGUUGUUGUUAAGCACCAAGGCAGCGGUCACUAUGUUGUCACAUAUAAAGUACCGGAACGCGUUAAGGGAUUCAUUUUUAUCAAAUACGGAGACGAGGUUUUUACUGUUUCAUUUACAUUUGUGGUAACCGCUUUUUGCCGCUGA